GAGAACUGCUCAGUCAGGACACACGUUUUGGCCAAGCAGGCAAUAGUGAAUAUAAAGCGUUGUAUGUGAAAAGCGGGUGAAAAUGAGAUUUUUCUCUCAAUACAGUGAAUUUCAUUUCCAAGUUGUUCAUAAUUAUUGUAACAUUUUCGAGUGAUAGCCCCAUGAAAAAUUGCGUUUGUUAAGUUUUUAUAGCGCAAGUGAUCAACAAUUUCAAGCGAUAGACAAUCACACGAGGCGUCACUGGUCCUGCAACUACAUAUACAUAUUUGUAAAGAUUAGCCGAUAAAUUGGAAUCAGCAUGACGAUUUCCACGGAGAAAGCUGGAUCUGACCAGUGGGACGCUUGGUUGUUGGAGGCCGUUCGGAAAAUACGCGCCCAAAAACAACGCCCUGACGCAAACAGAAUUUACAACGCUGUUCGUUUCCUUGCUGAAAAAUCUGCUCAAAAUCCAUCCUCGUCUACAUCACAAUCAGUCAAAUUCGAACCUAUUCACAUGGUCCUCGUCCAGCGAAAUUUGGACCGUGCGGUGCGAGAACGGCUUCUUCUCAAAGUGAUCAGCAAGGGUCAGACGACUUAUAAACCGCCCGAUAAAUGUACCGAUCGGGUCAUGAAUUUAGGAAUCAGUUCGGAUGAAGAGAUUUCGAAAUGCUUCAUAAAAGUGCUCCGAGAACUGAGCGAGCCCGACCCCACUAUUCGCCAGCAACCUUAUUCCGCCCCACUCUUGAAAAAGCCCCCCUCGGGUUUCACCCUCGACCAGAUAAUCGACUACCUGACACAGUCCCACGUUCUCAUCCUCCCACCUGGCGAACAGGACGACUCUCCAGCCGCCUUUCUCCACGAGAAACUGAGCGUCCUCCUGGAAAAAGAAAUCCUCUGUCGCGGAAGGGUCGAGGUAAUCGAUGGAAUUUACUACAAAAUUAAGGAGAAAGUAGGUUCCGGAUUAAGAAGUGCACAACCACCGGAAGUCAAGGUUACUCUAACAGAUAAGUCAAGGCUGCUUGAAAGUGAGGACACAGUGAAACGAAUCGUUGAUGAAAGCGUGUCAGGUUUAUUACAAAGAGCAGCAAAGGACGGUUCCACGGUGACUUUCACUCUGACUUACACAAUGUCCUCUCCAACGGAAACUAACGCAAAUUCCACAAUCUCCACCAAUAUUAAAGAAAAAAGAAUACGAAAGCGUUCACUUUCACCCGUUUCGAGCUCAGAAAGUAGUGCGUCUUCAAUUUCUUCGUCUUCAUCAAGAAGGUCGCGUGUCAAAGGAGGAAAAAUUAAGGUGCCAAAAAAAAGAUGGACACCACCUAUGAAUGAAAGUUCGCUUGUGCUAGGAGUGAAAAGACGAUCACUUUCCCCAAUUUCCGGUUCCGAGAGCAGUUGCUCAUUCACUUCAUCAAAAUCGCAAAGAGGGAGAGUAAGUGUGGGACGAGAAAAGACUCAAGUUCCAAGUGUAAAAACACCUCGUGAUGCAAAUACGACAAUCCAUAACAGAAAUGUGGGAAGGCGGUCAUCUUCAAUUAGUGCUAAGAAACGAUCUUUAUCCCCAGUUUCGGGAUCAGAAAGUAGUUCGUCUUCAUUGUCAAAUUGGUCGAGAUCUUCUAAAGGAAAUGGUGAAAGUGAAAGUGGAAAACAGAAAAUUAAGGCACCAAAUGUGAGACUGACCCCCAAUGUGAGUAAUUGUGAGAAUUCUAUCAUGAAUUCAGUGCCCGCAAAAAUCCCGAACCCAGUUUGGAGCAUUAGUGAUAUCGCGUCGGCAAUUGUUCGAAAGAGGAACACUCAACCCUCGGACACCUCUCGAAAGAACAAUAAAUUGAAUGGACAAGGGACGAAGAAAACGAAACAAGAAACCCAGAAAUCAAAUCAAAUUUGUCAUGAAAUUGGAGAACAAAUCGAGGCUAAUCUGGACAGUGCGAGCUGCUGUUCAUCUUCGAGUAGCAAGGACAACAGCAACUCGUUCCUUGUUGAGUGGGGAUUAGCAAUCGAUGACAUCAUUGACUGUUACUAUGAAUCUGAAAAUGAAAGAGCUUCACCUUUGCCAAGUCCAGCUUUCUUAUUGGAACCAUGUCGACCACCAGAACUUCCCUUAUAACUCCUGAGACUUCCAUUCGUCGACACAUCAUCAUACCCCGGAAAAAUAUUUCUUUUUUCCUACCCUACUCAUGUUGAGCUCAACACGAGUAGGGUAGGAUAAAAAAAUAUUUGUCCGGGGUAUGCACAUCAUACACGUGCAAAAAAAAUUAUUCGCUAAAUCAUAUGCAUUUCCAUAAUAUGCAUUUUUGUUGUACGCAUUUAUUACAAUUUUUGAAUAAAUGUUUGCUCUGGAACGAAA